AAUUUUCUGGCAACUUCUUCAGUAUUUUUUCUGCUGUGUUCUGUAAAGUUGUGAAAAACUCGAGUUAAUUUCUUUUUUAUUUGUUAUUUGUGUGAUAAUUCAAUUAAAAAGAAAACAAGUGUGCUGCUGGACAGAAAAAGACUUUUGCUCAAACGUGCGAUUGAUAGUUCGUUGGCGGAUGAAGUGAAGUGUAGAAGGAUUUGGCGACAGAAAUUUUCGCAGUGAAAAUUUUUGAGUGCACAAAAUUCACACGCACACAUAGAAAAGUGUUCACGCAGUUGCACACACAACCGCAGGGGAGUAGUGGCAGAGGCAGCGAUAUACAGCGCAGACACGACAAAACACACGCGCGACGCAUGCACGACGCACCGGAGUAUAAACAUAGCAGCAGUAGCCGUGAGCAUCACCAUCGUGAGCAGCUAGGAAGAGCGACAGCCCCCGUCGCUAUAGGUACUGGAGCAAGGACAGGACCGUCGACGUCUUCGCAUUCAUCCGCAGUGACAAACAAAACAAACACCUCCUCAAUGGAAUCGAUUGGGCAUAAAUUACACAGGCUGGAAAAGCGUCUCGAAGAGGAGAAUAAUUCACAUAAUCAUUUAAUGUUAGUCACUGAGGCUCCUAGUGGCUCUACACCGCGCGUUGUCGAUAGGGAAGCGCAUAUGGCGCUACCAAUCGGCAGGACAAAACGCCCCAAUCUAGGUUUGGUCAUGUCCAACACAAAUCGCAAUGCACCCCAAACAGAAAUGCACAAAAAACUUAAAAGAAUACGACAACAGUCGGGCAUACUCACUAUAAAUGGCCAGAAAUAUCCAAGUAAAAUGUCCGAUUUGGAACAUUUAAGCGAUUUGGGUAAUGGCACAAGUGGGAACGUGGUGAAAAUGCGUCACAAGCCUACGGGUACUAUUUUGGCAGUAAAACAGAUGCGUAGCACGGGAAAUGAUGAGGAGAACAAUCGUAUACUCAUGGAUCUUGAUGUUAUACUAAAUUCACAUGACUGCCCCUAUAUAGUGCAUUGCUUAGGAUAUUUUGUAAAUAUACCGGAUGUAUGGAUUUGUAUGGAACUUAUGUCAAUGUGCUUUGAUAAGCUGUUAAAGCGUUCUAAACAGCCAGUGCCAGAGAGUAUACUAGGAAAGGUUACAGUUGCGACGGUGUAUGCGCUUUCAUAUCUAAAGAUGAAACACAACGUUAUUCAUCGCGAUGUGAAGCCUUCAAAUAUUCUCAUUGACGAGCAAGGGAACAUAAAAUUGUGUGAUUUCGGCAUCAGCGGGCGACUUGUGGACUCGAAGGCGAAUACACGUUCUGCCGGGUGCGCCGCUUAUAUGGCGCCCGAACGCAUCGAUCCGAAAAAGCCCAAAUAUGAUAUAAGAGCCGACGUUUGGUCGCUGGGCAUAACACUGGUGGAACUCGCUACUGGCCGCUCGCCGUAUGAGGGCUGUAACAUAGACUUUGAGGUGCUGACUAAAAUUCUGGACCAUGAACCACCCAGUUUGCCGUAUGGCGAUGGUUUCGACUUCAGCCAAGAUUUUCGCGAUUUUGUCGAUAAGUGUCUCACGAAAAAUGUACAUCAUCGCCCUAGAUAUCAGGAACUUUUGCAGCAACCAUUUUUUCGUUAUUACGAUGUAGCCGACGUUAAUGUGGUGCAAUGGUUUAAGAAUAUUGUCGAGUCCGCCGAUAUAGAGAUGCAUAGAACUCACAUGCCAAUAACUACUACAGCUACACUCAGGGGAGAUGUGACAGCAGCAACAAAUAAACAUAACAAAAUUGCUACUGCAACAAUAUUGCCAACAACAAUAACAACAACAGCGACAAUAAAUCCAAAAUUGCCUGCAGCAAUCACAAACUCUACACACAUCCCCAGCUAUCAGAACUCCUAUCAUAGUGCCAGCACAUCCACAGCCACUCAACCACGCUACAAAAAAGACGAAUACCUGCCACAAUAUCAUCCACAAUAUCCACAUGUGCAAACCCAGGCGUUACAUCAUCAUCAACCAUCACAACUACCUCAGCCGAUUGCAAGCUAUUACAACAACAGCAUCGCCAAUAAUCAUUUGCAGGGCGAACGGGGUGGAGGCGGUGGCGGCGGCGUUGGUGGCGGUGGUGGAGGAGGCUUAGGAAGUGGUGGCGGCAACGGUUAUGGCAGUGGCGGCUCGGGCAGCAAUAGUGCUAACAGCAGCAGUCCACAAUCACCGCCUAGCAGCAGCUACAAGGAUGCGCAGCUGAAAGACGACACGACGCAUAUUGUCACUGAGAUGAGUAAAUUAUAUCGUAAGUCACCGUUUUUGCAGCGCAAAUACAGCAAUGGCGCGGGGUUGAAGUACGCUGGUGGUGGUAGUGGUGGUGGCGCGUCGAGCCCCAAAAAGGAGUCUAUGUUUAGCAGCAUCGGUCAAACAAUUAUACGCAACCUCACCACCUCACCCUUUAGCCAAAAAAAGCAUCAUACACCACAGCCGCAUCAGGUGGAUCCUUUGUGGCGUAUGCCAAAUGUUCACGAGAUGGGCGGCAAUGCGUUUGAUGCGUACGACAGCCCAUCUACGGCGAAAAAUCUGGGCAUUGGUUCCCCAGCAAUGGGGCGGAAGCGGUUUCAGGCGGGCGCUGCAUCGCCAACCUUGCCCUUAGGUAUACCAGUUGAACCGGUGUUGAAGGAGCAACCGCCAUCUUUGAUACCGGUUAAUCGCAGUGAGAUGAAUACGCAGCAGCGAGUGCCGGGCAAUCACAGUCCAAUUGUGCUGCAGCGUUUCUAUCACCAACAAAAUCAGCUGCGUGAGAAGGAGCUAGAGAAGCGCAAGGAACAGCUGCAACAACAACAACAAAAACAAUCUACAAACCCCUUUCAUGCUGGUAAUUAUCUCUCAACCAGCGUUGCCGCCUCAGCUGCAUCAGCCUCCAGCACGCCGCUGCAUUAUAGUAGCACCAGCAGCAGCAGCAGCAAUCAGCACCACUACCAACUGCCACAACAGCAACGUUAUCCUCAACAACCAAUACAUCACCACUUGCCACUGACCAGCGCUGCCUCCUCAUCACACUCAACUUCUAGUCAAUCAUCUACACAAUCCUCAUCCUCACAAAUAGCAAUUGGUGAUUCGCACGAACAACAACAAAGAUCGCCACCCGCAUGCGCACCACCGCUGCCUCCCCAAAUGUCAGUGGCGGCAGUAAGCUCCGCCUUUGGUACGAGCCCCAGUCAGCUGCAAUAUCAACCGCUGCCCCAACACUAUUUGCCACAGAACGAGACAACAUUACGCAAUUCACGUUCGUCGCCUACUUCACCAGAGCAGCUGUCGUCCGAUGGCGGCGUGAGUGGCAGUGGUGGUGGCGCUAGCGGUAACGGCAUGGCGAGUAAGUUGAGCAAGUUGUAUGCGCGUCGGCAGUGGCAAACUACAACGGCGGCAACGUUAACCACGCAUACAGGUGCAGAGGUUGUUGGUGGUGGCAGCGGCGGCGGCGGCGUGGCUGGCAAGGAUUACAGGGAUGAGCAUGGCUGGUUUAAUACACUCGCCGGCGCCAUGAAGCGUCAAUUUGCCUCUUAUGUUAAAUUACAAUUGCAUUCUGCAGCCUCUCCCCCGACCAGCCGCGUUGUCAGUCAACAAGAGGGUCAAGGCUGUGAGAGUGGUCUGCCAAUGAGCGCGCAGCCCAGCAAACCAACGCUUGCCUACUAUCGCACACUCUCCGCGGGUAGUAGCAGCAACACGAGCAACAGCACGUCGCCGACUGAAGCACAGCCCAAGCCUAGCGGACUCGCAGCUGCUUCUGCUGGCAGCAACGCCAAUACCGGCAGUGAUUUCUACGAGGGAACAAGCGGCUUUCUGCGUCGGUAUGCAGCUGCUGGUGCUAGCGGUAUGACAGGUGGCGGUUGCGGCUCCUCAAAUGCGCAUCUCCUGACCGGUUUGGAUCGUCGACACCGCAGCCCUGAUCCACCGCCACGCUAUAAUCGCGGUCAGUCGCCGCUGUUAUUGCGUAAGCAGUUGCUGGAAUUGAGUGGUCAGCCACCUGGCGGCUCUCCACUGCUCAAUAGACGCUUUGUGAAUGCUUCACCACCAUUGCCACCGCCGCGUCGUGGUUCUGAGAGCGUGCCUGGCUCACCGCAACAUUUUCGCACGCGCAUCCAUUACACACCCGAACCACAGCGACGCAUCUAUCGUACGAUCGACCAAUGAGUAGCACUGCAAAUAAUGCUCAUGUGAUAUUGGUAUGGCUUCGAGGAGGAUGCGAGCGAGCGAGGUGGCGGCCAUGGCGCCGAAGUAGGCGCAUCCACGCAGGACGAUGCAGCAUUGAUGGGAGCGCCGACGAUGACACGCCGCUUGCCCACGCGUCUUACUGUCGGCAGCAGCGGAGAUGCCCUGCACACACACUUGCCAAGCGACGCAGCGCCCAUUACCACCAGCCCGACAGUGGAUCGCAUGACGGCAUCGGAUGUGGCCGAUGUGUUGGCGCGUGAACGUGACUUUUGGCGCUUGCGGCGGGACGAGUAGCAACGUCUGUAUUUUGUGUUUUUGAUAAUGAUGCUUGGAAUAAUAACGCGCGACUCACUUUUGCGCCGAGUGUUGUGCUCAAUUUCGGUUGCAAUUUUGUGAUUUUGUUCUUAAGUUUAAAGUGAAAAAUACCAAUUUAUAAAUGUGUGUGUGCGUAACAGGUGUGUUCAAGCAAGGAAAGAAAAUAAAUAUCUAUAAACAAAUAAUUCUUAUAAAAGUGAGCACAUAAACUGGUAUAAAAGUUUCGAAUGAAUUAGCUUGACUUAUGAAAGUCUUUAAAUCACUUAAAGAAAAUUGCCAUAAAUGGGGGUAUAAAAAUGUCGCAUUGAGCAUAAGGAAAUGACUAAAAAAAAUGUGGUUCGAAAACAGCACGCAAUUAUUAUAAGUUUAUAAUUCUGUAUUCAACCCAUAAGGCGUAUGUAAAGCAUUUAUGUAAAUAUGUUUCUUAUUAUAAAUACUAAAUUUGAAUAAUCUGGUGUAAAAAUAACCACAAAAACUGAGCAUCAUCGCAUUCGGAAUAUCAAUUUGACGUGCUUUAAAUUGAAACAUAUGUAGAGACAUUAUAUUGCGCAGAAAUUAACAUAUUUUUUCGACAAUAAUCGUAAACCUGACACAAAGUUUUUUUUUUUCAAAACUGGCUUUGUGGUCUUGUAAUAAACUGGUAUAAAAACUGGUCGAAACUGGUAUAAACGUUGUCACUAAAUUUUUGCAACUAUACAUGCUUUUCCAACAUUUCCAUACUCAAUGCAAGUGCAUCAUUUACAAAUCGUAAAAUUUAGAUCACCCAUAUAAUAGUGUAAUAUAAAAUGACACACCUGAAUAACAUAUAAUCCUUAUGAAGCAUGCAUACCACUCAUGAAAAUAUGCAUACACAAAUUCACACACAAUUAAGUACGUCUGUAGGUAUUUAUGUCUUUGAACGGUUUCGCUCGAUGAUAAGAUAAUGAAAAUAUGUAGCGUAAAAGGGAUAACUAUAAAGACUUUAAAACAAGGCCAAUGAAAAUUAAAUUAUAAUUACAUUAAAACGAAAAUAAUUAAAAGAUUGUGACAAAUAGAAAACUGAGGUUCUGGUGACCUACUCUACGUGAUCAUCUAAAAAUAAUGCUUGAUAAUUGCAUAAUAGUUUUAAGCGCCAAAAUAAUAGCGUUCCUUACCCAUAGUAAAUUUAAUAACGUUGUAAGAAAUAUAUAAAAUAGCUGCUUUAUUAAAUUUUAUGGUAACUGGUAUUGAAAAAGAAAACUUACAAAAAUGAUUGCUGUAAAAAGUUGGUAUUAUAAAUAAACAAAUUGUUGCAUUGACUAAUGUAAAGGUAAAAACUAGUCUAAACUGGCUUUGGAAUACAAUAGCGUUAGUUAUUUUUUUGUUUGUAUAGUUGAGGAAAAGAUAAUACCCAUUUGGCGUUUGUUUUCAGUACUAAAAUAUUGAAAAACAGCCGUUUGUUUUAUUAUUUCACAUAGUCAUAAUGGAAUUCGGCACUCGAUGUAUAAGAGCAAAAAACAAAAACAAAGCAAAACGUAUUUGAGAUUUCGGAAUAAUGGAGAACAAGAAAUUUACUUAACAUAAUUAAAAAUAUAUGCAAUAUUGGCAAAAAGCGCGGCUUAAAGUUAGAAUUUGAAAUUUUAAACUAUCUGCGUAACCGCAUUAUUUUUUUUUUACGUUUUUGUAAAUUUCUAUAAACAAUUUGCUCUACUAUCGAUUCACAAUUUUCUUGCUCCCGACAUCUAAAAGAGUGAAUUUUUUUUUUGACUGAUUUAAACAAUUUUCUUUAAUUGUUUGAUUGUGUGGAAUUGUAAUGUAUUUUGUAAGUCUAGUCUUUAGCUUAGAUGGUAAGCCGGCUGACAACUAAGAAGUGUAGAAUAAAUGUUAAGCGAAAAAUCUAAAAUUAUGUAGUAUUUAAGUGCGAACGCAACGAAGCGGAGAAGUUAGCAAAGAUAAUAUUUUAUUAUGAAAUAAAUAAAUUGUAAUAGCAGUAGCGUGCAGAUUUUCAACAAUGCCAAUCGACGGUAAAUUCUUAACAUGACAAUCCAAAUGUUAGCGAAAAAUUAUCAAUAUU